AUGCAUUUAACAAACUACUCCAUCAAUAGACUCUCGAAAAACUAUACGCCAAACGAGGACUUUGCGUCUUGCGAAGGGCAUAAAUGGACUCUUAGAACACUAUUCCACUACCUAAAGACUGAGCGAAGUGUAGACACGGAUGUACUUUGGGACUCCCUUAAGGACUUAGUAAUAAAGACAAUAAUAUCAGGCGAGGCAAGCAUUAGUUCCCUUACCAAAGCCAAUAUUACAUCACGUUACAAUUGCUACGAGUUGUUUGGAAUUGAUGUGUUAUUAGACGAAGAUUUGAAACCUUGGUUGUUAGAAGUUAAUAUAUCGCCGAGCUUACACAGCGCUUCGCCCCUCGAUAUCCACGUGAAGGGUCCGCUAGUGUCCACUGUGCUCAAUAUAGCACAAUUUCAAGUGCCUUCUAAGACGAAUCUGGACAUGCUAUCAAAGGAAAAACCCAAUAAAUUGGCGGGCUUACCCUACGAUAGUAGACUAUACACAGUGUACCUGUCAAAAGAAGAAAGAGAUAAACACAUUAUUUAUACAAACAUGGAUGACCGUGACUUGUAUCUUCGAGACAUUCUGUCCACUUUGACACCGGACGAUGUUCGACAUCUAAUACAAGCUGAGGAUGAAUUAACACAAACUGGGGAUAUGGAGCGAGUCUUUCCUACAAAUGAAACACACAAGUACCUGGGAUUUCUAGCUGGACCGCGGUAUUAUAACCGUCUCUUUGAUGCCUGGGAAGAACGCUAUGCGGCCAACAGGGAGCCAGGUAUUGAGUUGCUGCGUAAGCUGUGCGCCAUUGGCUAUCACCUGGAGGCACCAGCUGUGCCGCUGCAGGUAACUGUCACGCGCCGCGUCCAGCUGUGGCGGCCGUUGCAGCUGUGGCAACUGUUGCAGCUGCGACACCUGUUGCAGCCGUUGCAACUGUGGCAGUUGUGGCAACUGUGGCCGCCGCUGCAGCUGCUUCUCGCGCUCCUGUCCCUCUGCCUCGCCCGCCUUUGGUGA